AUGACUCCACCAGAUCAAUCAGCAAAUUUACUUAUGCAAGAGUGUUUUCGUAUUAAACUUGAACAAUUGCGUCUAGCUAAUAGUCAAUCAAAUCUACAUUCUUCAUCUCCACUUCCUUUUGAUCUUUCAAAUGCUUUUAAUCGAUCUUCUUCAUCUGCAUCUUUUAUUACCUCUAAAAAAUCAACAAAUCAAUAUUAUUUAAUUUCAAAAUACUUUACUUCUCCAACAAACAUUAUUCCAUUAAUAUAUGAACGACAAGUUAUGCUUGAAUGUUUAUAUACAAAAGAUUUAAUAGCAUAUGGAACAGUUCGUGUCAAUAAUUUUGCUUAUGAAAAACGUGUUUUUGCUCGUAUAACUGAAAAUGAUUGGAAUACAUUUGAAGAUAUUAAUGGAUGGCAUUCAAUGACUUAUCCAAAUGAUAAUACAGAUACAUUUACAUUUGAAAUACGUUUGAGAAAAUAUGAUGAUAACACAAAAGUUCCAAAACAAAUUUACUUUGCUGUUUGUUUACAAACCAAUAGUCAAGAAUUUUGGGAUAAUAAUCGUGGAUGGAAUUAUGUACUAGAUGUGCUUGAAAGGUAAAGCCAAAAACAAACGAAGAAUAACAUAAUUUGUAUUUCUAUCAAAAAUUAUAUUUCGUCGAUAAAGGCUAUUAAUAAUAUAUCUCUUCGUAUUACUCAUUUAUAUCUACUUUAGUCAGUCAAACAGGUCUUCGCACUUAAACAAUCCGUUUAUUCAUAGAAAAGAAAUUCCAUUGAUUCAUAUACAUGAGCCAUUCGAAGUAAUUGUGAGGAUAUUCAUUGCAAAGCUUUAUUAUUUUGAUGUGGAUUUGAGAUCUAUUUUCAGAAAUCAGAAUAGAUAUUGAAUUUCAUUCCUUGUUGAUCAUUAUAAGUGCACUGAUUCUUUGAAUCUUAAACACUUGGAGAAGUAUAAUAUCGAUGUAAGAUUGAAAAAGAAGAAUAUUUCUGUCUUUCUGUUAACUUGUGGUGUAAGAUGCUGCUCAGCAGCCUAUUCAUUCGCUUAGUAUCUUUCUUACAACUAUUACCAGCUGUAUCUAUAAAUAGAAGGUCGGCCUAAUAUAGAAUGCUUGCC